AUGCCACCGAAAAGAAAGCUCGUUGUAAAAACUUUGGUAGAAAAAUGCCAAGUAUUAAAGGAAUUGGAAAAAGGUAUUCCAAAUAAAGAUAUCGCUAAAAAGUACGGGGUGCCUAAAAACACGAUAUCAACUUGGCUAGCCUAUAAGGAAAAACUUUUUUCUGCUCUCGAAAAAUCUUCGAGCAAGAAAAGAAAGAUCAGAGAUGGUAAAUUCUCAGAAGUAGAUCUUGUCGUGUUCAAAUGGUUUGUUUCACAACGAAGCAAAGACAUACCAAUCGAUGGGACAAUACUAAAGGAGAAAGCUAAAAGCUAUGCACAGGAGCUUGGAGUAGAAGAUUUCAAAGCUUUAGACGGUUGGCUUGGUAAAUGGAAAAAAAGGUAA